GUCUGUGUGAGUAACCAGAAACGAAACAAUGGCGGGGUCGGAGCCUUCUCCAAAAAUCCUUCUAGCAAAGCCUGGACUCGUCACCGGAGGUCCCGUCGCCGGUAAAUUCGGCCGUGGAGGCGGCGGCGAUGACGACUCCCCGCAGCUCCGUUCUCGUCUUCCGUCUGUGGCAUCCCUCAACCUUCUCUCCGACUCCUGGGAUUUCCACAUCGAUCGCUUUCUCCCUUUUUUGACUGAGAAUACGGACUUUACUGUGAUUGGAGUGAUUGGGCCACCUGGAGUUGGCAAGUCCACUAUUAUGAAUGAACUUUAUGGCUUUGAUUCAAGUUCCCCUGGGAUGCUACCACCUUUUGCCAUACAGUCUGAAGAAACCAGAGCUAUGGCAAGGCAUUGUUCCACGGGCAUUGAACCAAGGAUUUCUACUGAACGUAUUAUUCUUCUCGAUACCCAGCCUGUAUUUAGUGCUUCUGUUUUAGCUGAGAUGAUGAGACCAGAUGGUUCUUCAACGAUUUCAGUGCUAAGUGGAGAAACCUUGUCAGCUGAAUUGGCUCAUGAACUUAUAGGUAUUCAGCUUGCUGUUCUUCUAGCAUCCAUUUGUCAUAUUUUGCUGGUGGUGUCAGAGGGAGUCCAUGAUGAUAGUUUGUGGCAUUUGAUGUUGACGGUUGACUUGUUGAAGCAUGGCAUCUCAGACCCAUCCUUGAUGACUUCUUCCCUGUCACAGAGCUCUAGUUCAGGGCUUGAGAAAGAUAAGCUUCCUGAACAUGAAGAAUACAUGGCUACUCCUGUGUUUGUACACACCAAGUUGCAAGAUCAAGACUUUACUCCUAGUAAUUUUGUGCAGUUGAGGAAGGCACUCAUGCAGUAUUUCAGACCAUCCUCUUUUGUGAGAGAACAAAACAAACCUGAAGAGCAUGUUUCAUCUUCUUUGGUUCGUGGCAGUCAAAUGGAUUCUAACUUGAUAAAAUUUUAUGCGAUCCCUCUCAAGAAAAAAGAUGAAAAUCCAAGUGCUCAGCAUGAAAGUUACGUUUCUGCACUAUGGAAAUUGCGUGAUCAGAUUCUAUCCAUGAAGUCACCUUCUUUCACGAGACCAGUGUCAGAGCGUGAAUGGUUAAAGAAUUCAGCCAAGAUAUGGGAACAGGUAAAGAACUCCGCAACGAUAUUGGAGUAUUGUAGAACUCUUCAACAUUCGGGUAUGUAUAGGAGAUAAUUUCGAAAGAUGGAAAGAUUCAAGACAAUCUCUGAUAUUGUAUUUCAAUUCAAGAUGUAUCUUUUUAAAUGCAAAAUCAUAAUGUAUCACUUGCACAUUCUUUAAGCUGAUUUUAUUGCUGGUGAAUACAAUUGUAAACCUAUUAUUAGUACUUAGUAGAAUAUAUUAGAUACAAAAAGUCAAAAACAACUAA